AGAGGGUCAUAUUAAACGAUUCUAAAGGGAAAACAACUACUACAAUUCAAUUAUAAUGUUUUAAGUUUUACACAUACAAUAUAAUGACCGUAAAGUCAAAACAUGAGGCAAUAAAAUCCAAAAGACCCCAAUAUUUAAGUGAUAUUUUUAAGACGUACAACUUAAUUCUUUCAUAAUAAAUGCAUGUUUACAUAUUAUACAUUCUCGUUUAAAUAAUGUUUGAUUUAACUUACUCGAACUCCAUGCAUAAUAUAGACUUUCUACCGCACAGCCUAGCGGCGUCAUCUCAAAGCGCAAGAGGGGCGGGGCCUGCAGUUCAACAGCCAAUCGUAAAUCAAAUCGUGAAAAGUGGGCGGGUAAGUUUGCGUCAUGUGUAAUUUCAUUGGAUCAGAAAUAUGUCAGUUUCCCACACCCGGAACCACGACAACCAUGAUGUAACACGUGUGUUCUGUAAAACGCGAAUUUUAUUAAGUCAAAUAAAAAUAGAUUUUGAGUCUAGACAGACUGACCCAGAAGUUAAGAUGCUUAGUGACAGUGAAGCCACGGAGCUGCUGUCAUUUCUCACACUCCAGAUGAGACCUGAUGUCAAAGGUCAAGCCACGGAAUACAUCCUGGGCCUCACGGGAAACCGGGACGGGUGCCGGUACCUGCAAUCCAAGCCAGACUUCCUAAAAGCUUUGGUGACUCUUACCAGUGACCCCUCUAUCGCUGUGGUCAAGGAUUGUUACCAUGCUCUUAUUAACCUAUCAGCAGACGAGACCCUUCACCAGCCUUUGGUAAAGGAGACGGAUAUACUGCCCACCCUGUUCCGGAACCUACUGGACCCGGAGUAUGUGCUCGCGGAUCGGAUCUGUACCAUCCUCAGUAACCUAACCCGACACGAGAGGACCUGCAAAGAUGUGUUCAGGGUUCUACAGGAACAGAAUAUCGGACUGGCGAAAGUGGUUGAGAUCUUCUGCACUGAAGGUUUCAAUAAAAAAGCAUCACUUCAUUAUCUGGGACCCCUGCUGUCCAAUCUGACACAGCUGCCCGAGACAAGACACUUUAUUCUGGAUAAGGAGAGGUGUGUGAUUCAGAGACUUUUGCCGUACACACAGUAUGACGAAUCGACUACUAGGCGAGGUGGGGUCGUAGGAACUCUCAGAAAUUGCUGUUUUGACUACGCCCAUCAUGAGUGGUUGCUCAGUGAUGCAGUGGAUAUUUUACCGUUUCUUUUAUUACCAUUGGCUGGACCAGAAGAGCUCUCAGAAGAAGAAAAUGAAGGUUUGCCAGUGGAUUUGCAGUAUCUACCAGAAGACAAAAAGAGGGAAGAGGAUCCUGAUAUCCGCAAGAUGCUUAUAGAAACCCUUCUGCUCCUUACAGCUACUAAAGCGGGCCGAGAGAAUAUGAAGAACAAGAAUGUUUAUCCCAUCAUGAGGGAAUUCCACAAAUGGGAAAAGGAUCCACAGGUGAUUUCUGCCUGUGAGAAACUAGUCCAGGUUUUGAUUGGUGACGAGCCAGAAACGGGAAUGGAGAAUCUGUUGGAGGUGGAGAUUCCUCAAGACGUGGUAGAAAAACUCAAGGAACUGGACGACAAAGAGCAGGAACAAAUAGAAAAGGACACACAGGAACUGUUAAAGCAGGAAUCUAAGAGUCAAAAUGAAGCUCCGGAGGGCCUGCAGAGAUAAUCCUGGAUGAUGACAACAAACCCAAUAAACCGAACUUGACAUCAAACUAAAAAUAAUUGUAUAUUCUCACCAUUGACUCGCAUUGAAAUUUAAGUCGUUAUCUUCCCCAUUCACUACAGGUCUCAAAUCAAAUAUGACACCGGUUGGACAUUUAAUAACAUCAAACGUUAUUGGUUCUCUCGUGUGUCAUAAACGAAUAUCACGAUGUCAAAGUUAUGCGCCAUAUUUGAUUCGAGCGCUUUGGUGGUUGGGGAAGAUCAUCAGUGAAUAAAUGACUUAAUUUUGGACUGUUUGUCAUUAAGGUUGGCUUUUUUGUACUAAUGUAUACAGCCAAAAGUUGUUUUCUCAGUCUCUCUCUCUUUAUCAAAUAUGGAUUGCAGUCAAGGUUUAUGUAUAAAAACAACACGGACUGGAAACGCCAAAGGAAGUAACAGCCUGUGAAGAAAAUUGACAAUAAAACUGACCUUGGUGGUGAACCUGAUGAGAUUGCUAAUAAGUCAGGAAGAAACGGUACGUUUUAAACAAAUGGGAAAUAUAAGAAGGUGGUACCAUUUUAAUUUUAUGUUGCAUGUAAGUGUACGUAGAUAUACAGUCACACCUGUACACCUACUUAUUCAUGCGUUAAUCUAAUCAGCCAAUCGUGAAGCAUCGUUAGCCAACUAUGGUCGCAAGUUCCGUCAUUAUCAUCAUAGUUCAACGAGUCAGUGUUUCCCGAAACCAGCGUUUCCCAAACGGCAUCGCAGCGUUGUGUGGUUGGAACGACAACUCUCGACCUGUGGUUAGAAGCAGAGUUUCUUGUUAUUAUAACAUGUGGGCUUAAUAAAUUAUUAUCUUGAGCCAAAUAAGCCAGAUGACAUUCAGUACAAUCAGUAUCUUUUAUUUAGAAGACAUACAAAUGUCCUUUAUGUCUUUUAGUUUGUCAAUAGAUUUAAAGCACCGUUUUUGAAGAGUGCGCAUGCGUGAACGUGCUCUAGUGCGUAAGAACGAGCCUAUGAUUGAAUCUGGAAAUAAAGCAAAUAACUGAGAAAAAUAUGAGAUAGUCCUCAGAUGACAUGUCCGUAAUUUAUAGCAAAACAUCUAGCAUUAAUUCGAUCGCAAACAGAUUCAUUAAAAGUAGUUUUUACUCCACCACAUUAACCAAUGUGGUUGAACAACCAAUUUGCGACAAUACGGUUUCGGGAAACAGUCGUGACUAGCAAGUUGAUUUCUUCAACAGUGCAUCGUACUACGGUAGUGGAGCAGCAAGUUACGUCGUUGUACGGGAAACGCACCCCAGAGCCGUUAAAUAUGAGAGUUGCGAACAUAGACGGUUGCGACAGUGAUCUCGCCGCCGCGCGGUCACGUGAUUCGUGUAGCUCUCAAUAGUUCCAAACAAAUUGCGUUGCCCCGGUUAUGUAUUGGAGGUUUGGAGCUUUCCAAUAUCAAAUGUAACAAUUUUUGGAUUAGAAGAUUUCUUAUUAGGAAGAUCAGCUGUCAUCCCAAAGCUUUUUUCAAAUGGAAAUUAAAUUAUCCUUCUCUUUCUACCAUUAAUAUAUGGGCUGGAAUUAAUAAGUUUCUGUUACCUAACAAGUGGAAAGAGCUUCAUUUUAACAUUUUACAUAAUUACUAUCCCUGUAACUCUCUUCUUUCUAAAUUUAAGUUGGACAUCUCUUCACAGUGCGCAUUCUGUAAUUCUAAUUUGGAAACAAUACCGCAUUUGUUUUUUGAAUGUGAUUAUGCAAAGGAGUUCUGGAAAAAAGUAGCCUGGCUUAUUUUUUCUGCUUAUUACAAACUCUUUACUCUUGAGGUUGUGAAUGUGUUGUUUUUGAUUUGGGACUCCGGAUCAAAGGAGAUGGAUGACAGAUUAAAACUGCUUACUUUAUGUGGUGAGUUUCAUCUUCAUAAAUGUAAAGUAACUGAUUCUAAGCCCAAUUUUAGACUUUUUUGUGUUGAUUUGAAAUUAUUUUACGACUCUCUUUGUUUAUCAGCUAAUAAGAAAGCUGCUAAAACUUCUUUGUUGCUCAAAGAAAUUAUGGUUUCAGUAUA